CAUGCUAGUUCCAGGCCCGCAACCAAUCACUGAGUACUUUGUUGGAAGGUGCUACAACGGACUACAUGCGUUUUUGCUGGAAUGGUCCGACCCAUCACAAUAAUUUGUACUUUGUAAAUUGUAAAUAAGUGGUACAUUGUUGUAAGUGACGUUAAUAAUGGAUCCUCAGAAAGAGUUACAACCACCGAAACAACAGCCCAUGAUCUACAUCUGUGGAGAAUGCCACACUGAAAACGAGAUCAAGGCCAGAGACCCCAUCAGAUGCAGAGAGUGCGGUUACAGAAUAAUGUACAAGAAGAGAACGAAGAGAUUGGUGGUGUUUGAUGCACGAUGAACUGACUCCCCACCCCACACCACCCCGACGUGUACCCUAUGUUGUAUUUUAGUUGUUUAACAUGUACAGCUUUUGUAAAACUAAGUGGCUGAAAUGUACAGUUUCUAAAAGGACUGUUUGGCAAAAAAUGCAAUGAAUGAUGAAUAUAAUGAUAUGAAACCUCUGCUUUACACUUUGAUUAAGCAUACAUAUAAACAUUGCAGUUUAUCAUUUUUGUCCAAUCAGUUAGAAUAAGAAUGCAUCUGGAUUGUUCCUUGUCCACACAUCUGAAGGACUGUGCUGUAACUUGCAAAGCCAAUAAAAUGUCUUAUUUUUCAACUUAA